GCGGAACUAACGGCGGCCUAGUCUUGGGUCUAGUGGGACCAUUUAUUAGGGACAACGCAGUCGCGUAGUCGACGAAAGUAGGAGGGCGCCAUGCCUAAAUUUUACUGUGACUAUUGUGACACCUACCUAACACAUGACUCGCCCUCGGUGAGGAAGACUCACUGCAGUGGUCGAAAACACAAAGAAAAUGUGAAAGAUUACUAUCAGAAAUGGAUGGAGGAGCAGGCUCAGAGCCUGAUCGAUAAAACAACGGCUGCGUUUCAACAGGGAAAGAUUCCUCCCACACCUUUCCCUGGUGGCCCGCCCCCUGGUGGUCCCCCACGCCCAGGCAUGCUACCAACACCCCCUAUGGGAGGUCCUCCUAUGAUGCCAAUGAUGGGACCUCCACCUCACGGAAUGAUGCCAGGUGGACCUGGAGGCAUGAGGCCACCAAUGGGAGGACACAUGCAGAUGAUGCCAGGGCCACCACACAUGAUGCGUCACCCUCGACCCAUGAUGAUGCCAGUCAGGCCUGGCAUGAUGCGGCCAGACAGAUAAUACUGAGUGGGUUUUUCACAUGUUCUUUGCUGCCACCAACAGUCAUUGUCUUGUGAGGACACCCACUACUGCUUUAACAAUACAGUUUCUUUUUUUAUUUGUUUCUUUUUUUUUCCCAAAUUGUCUGCACCCUCCAUCUGGAACUUCACUCUGUAAUGCUCAGGCUGAUUCUGCGUAAUUCUUUUCAUUUUUAUUCGAGCCCAGGUAUUUAUUGCAUUUCAUUUAAUCAAAAAUCAAUGUCACAUCCCCUUCUUGCAGGUCAGAUUUUAUAGUGUAUUUUAUUUUAUAAUUUUUUUUUGUUUGUUUGUUUAAAUGAACCAUCCUCUCUCCACUGUAAAGUUUUAGGAGUGGAAUAUGUUGUCUCUCUGACAUACUGUCCAUCAGAUGCAUAUUAUAGAACAUGUUUAAUUUUACAUAGUUUUGUAAGUAUGUUUUUGCUUUUAUUUUUACCCUAUGACAUGUUUUGUUGUUUUUCACUGCAUUGUUGUGACAAAUAAACCCUGAUUCUAAAC